AUGAUGGAUGAACCAAAUGCCGACUCAAAGUUCACCAUUUUCAAUGAGCUACCUCUCGAGAUUCGGCAAAUGAUUUGGAAGGCGACCUUUCGUGGUAGAGUAGUCAAGGUCAUCUUGAAAUCUUUUUAUCAUGUUGGAAAUUUUGGAAGCAUAAGACAGAGAGACAAAGUAGUAUUUCACAACUCCGCGCCAUAUCCUCGAACUAUGUUCGGAAAUCGCGAAAGCCGAAACACUACAUUGCUCCAUUAUACAAAGCCGUGCCAGCCAAACCCCGGAAAUCCAAGACUAUUCCACCCGAAAUUGGAUUCUGUCACGGUGACCUUCUCAACUGAAUAUGACUCUAAAUGUUUAUACAACUGGGAUGAUCUAAAAAGAGUGGCAUGUUGGGAUUGUCCUGCUUUAAAGCAGACUCUUCGGACCUUGUUUCUGCCUUGCUUGGAUCUAUUUCAAACGUAUGUGAGACAAAAUGAUGAUUUGACACAGGAGUUCUUGGAAUCUUACGACGUGUUCGGCUUUCGAAACCUGGAGCAUUUGAUCAUCUUUGAAGAAGGAAAGGAAGUGGUGCCUCUUGAUGGCCAACGUCGUGUUGACUACGAGGGGGUGAAAUUGCUUUUCGAAAAGGGGUUUCGGAGAAGAAAUUUGAAAGACAAGAGGCACAAGAUUCCAAAAUUCAUUCUCUAUCUUGAUCAGAUCGACCUUCCGCCGGGUUUUCAAGACAAGUUCAAUAGAUAA